AUGGACGAGGCCGGAAGUGUGUCGUACUCUGGUCAACGUUUCCUUGACCGUUCUAAACACUUGCAUGUUUUAAAUCGAGAAUUGAAUCCAAGCAGAGGUUUCAUCUCUUCAAUUGAAAACCGUUAUGAACUGGAACAAUGGAAAAACCUUCCCAAUCAAAGUAUAUACAAUUCAACGUACAGUCUAGGUUAUAUUGUAGCUGCAGAUGUCGAUUACGACAGUAAUGAAUACUUAUUGUACUGCUCAGAGAAUAGGUUCAUAAGGAUGUGCAAAGUCAAACAUUUGCGAGACAAAAAAACUAUUUAUAUGAAGUAUUUCGGUUUCUGUUCCUUAACCUGUUCUGUCAGUUUUGAGGUUCGAAGUGCCGCCUAUGUGCAGUUAGGUCCAUCGCUGGAAACAUAUCUAGUCGGAACAAAUGAUGGAAGCAUAAAACUCUUUUCACUCGAAGAUAGCAUAAUGCUUGAGAACAUCCAAGUCUCUGAUUCCUAUGCAGCGAAAAAAAAGCACCAAGCUGACAUUUUUGAUUUUAUCUCUGGUAACAGAAAUCUAUCCAUCGCAACGAAUGGAGGAGAGUGUACCGCAGUGUGCUGGAACCCGUAUGAUUCUCAUGUGAUAACGCUGGGUACUUCAGAAGGGAGAAUAGAGCAUUACGAUAUGAGGAAAACUAAAGUAGUCUUACACAGUUCGAAUAUAUUCACGGAUCGUGUGAUCACAGUUAACUACACAGAGGAUGGCUUGUACCUAGUUGUUCUUUAUAGCGAUAGAAGAAUUAUAGUAUUUGAUGCAAUAUGUUUGGAGAAGUUGGCUGUCGCACACUUACCGCCGAGGUUGCAUGGUUUGCCACUUCAAAAUGUAGGUCUUCAUUUACGGGUUCACUCAUGUGGCCAUAGUAUAUUCAUUGGGAUUCCGUGUAGAGAACUUUGUUAUUACGUUGAAGUAGACAUGAUUACGAAAAGUUUCAAGGUUCAAAACUUGAGAAGCCCUUUUGGGGGUAUGACUUGCUGUGCCUUUGUUCCUAUCAAGCAACAUUUUCUAACAUUCGGAAGAGCGCAGCUCACAUGGCAAGCCACUCUUGAAGAUGCGAAAGGAAUUGUACGGACGAUCCAUACAGAUAACUGGGAUGAUACUGAAUGUCAGCGAUAG